AUGGCCAAAGUUCCUGACCUGUUUGAAGACCUAAAGAACUGCUACAGUGAAAAUGAAGAAUACAGUUCCAACAAUGAUGACUUCUCUGUGAGUCAGAAAUCCUUCUAUGAUGUCAGCUAUGGCCCACUUCAUGAGGUCUGCAUGGAUGAAUUCAAGUCACUGAGUACCUCUGAAAUCUCUAAGAUACCCAAGCUUACCUGCAAGGAGAGUGUGGCAGUGGUGACAACCAAAGGGAAGAUUCUGAAGAAGAGGCGACUGAAUUUAAAUCAAACCUUCACUGAUGAAGACCUGCAGUCUAUUGUCAAUGAUCCAGAAGAAGAAAUCAUCGCGUCCAAAUCAGCAUCUUACACCUCCUCGAACAAAGUGAAAUACAGCUUUACAAAAAUCAUGAAAAGUCAGUGCAUCCUGAAUAACAUCCUUUCUCAAAGUUUAAUUCGAGACCCAACAGGACCAUACCUCACAGCUGCUGCAUUAAAUAAUCCCGACGAUGCAGAGAGAUUUGACAUAGGUGCUUAUAAAACAGCAGCUAAUUCUAAAGGCAUUAUUGUGACUCUAAGAACCUCAAAAACUGGACUGUUUGUGAGUACUCAAAAUGAAGAUGAACCAGUGUUGCUGAAGGAGAUGCCUGAGACACCCAAAGUCAUCACGGAUGAGACCAACCUCCUCUUCUCAUGGGAAACCCAGAAAAGUAUGCACUACUUCAGAUCGGUUGCCCAUCCGCAAUUGUUUAUUGCCACAAAGAAUGAAGAACGUGUACACCUGGCAACUGGAGAACCCUCUGUCAUUGACUUCAGGAUACUGGAGAACUAG